AUGGUCGAGCCCGAGCACGGGAAAGCCGUUACUAUUGGUUGGGAUCUCAAGGCCAACCUCCAGGAGAAAGUCAUCGAUUUUCUGUCCCGCAACAUUGAUGUUUUUACUUGGAAGUUGGAGGAUAUGCCAGGGAUAGACCCAGAAGUAGCCGUCCAUAGACUUAAUAUCAGCCUAGGGGCCAAACCUGUUAAGCAAAAGAAGAGGCAGUUUGCGCCGAAAAGACGUGUGGUCAGUGGUAAAUGGAGGGUCUGCAUUGACUUCACAAAUCUGAAUAAGGCGUGCCCAAAGGAUAGCUACCCGCUACCUAGGAUUGAUAAUCUUGUGGAUAGCACAUCCGGAUAUAAGCUGUACAACUUCUUAGAUGCAUUCUUAGGGUAUCAUCAAAUCCUCAUGACCAAAGAAGACCAAGAGAAGACUUCAUUCAUGGCUGAUUCAGCCAUAUAUUGCUAUAGGGUGAUGUUAUUUGGAUUGAAAAAUAAAUUCUUCGCUGAUUUGAUAGGGAAGAACAUCGAAGCCUAUGUAGACGACAUGGUUGUAAAGAGUAAGAAGGUGGAGGAACACAUAUCCGACCUAGAGGAGGUGUUCAUCACUCUACGAAAAUAUAAGAUGAAGCUCAACCCGGAGAAGUGUGUAUUCGGUGUAGCUUCAGGAAAGUUUCUGGCAGAUAGGUGCUUCCCCUUCUUCAAAGCCCUCAGGGAUAAUCAUUGCUUUGAAUGGAAUGGGGAGUGCGAGAAGGCUUUUCAGGAGCUGAAGCAGACAUUGGAAUCUUCUCCUAUUCUCACCAAACCCGAGCCCGGGGAUACUCUACAUUUAUACUUAGCCGUAUCUCAGAAUGCAGUGAGUGGUGUCUUGGUGAAAGAGGUUAACAGGGCCCAGCAACCCAUUUAUUACAAACCAGACGUCUCUAGAAGAUUACUGAGGUGGGCAAUAGAACUCGAAGAAUUUGACAUAGAGUUCAAGCUCCGUCCAUCUAUCAAAGCUCAGGCCUUAGCUGACUUCAUUACAGAACUCACCCCAAGGCCUCGGGGGCCAGCAGAUCGUAGCUCGAGCUCGACCACAGGUGUGUGGGAAAUUUUCGUAGAUGGAGCAUCAAACUCCUCGGGCUCGGGCUCGGGCGUCAUAAUCAUAAGCCUGGACAUGCUCAUAAACAUUCAGUGCGCACUCAGGUUCGAAUUUGAGGCGACCAAUAAUGAGGCAGAAUAUGAGGCCGUCAUCAUAGCCGUGGAACUCGCCAUAAAUCUCGAGCUUGAAAAUAUCAAAAUUUACAGUGAUUCCCAAUUGGUGGUUGGACAAAUCGAAGGCACGUUCAAUAGGAAGGACGAGAAGAUGAGCUUAUACUGCUUGAAAGUAUAUGAUCUCCUGAGAAAGUUCAAGAGUUGUGAAAUUGUGAAAAUUUCUCGGGCUGAGAAUUGUAAGGCCGAUGCCUUGUCAAAAUUGGUGUUCAUGGGAAUAGAUGGGCUUGACAGGACAGUUCACGUUAGAAUUGUAACCGAGCCAAGCAUCAACCAAACCAUAGGCAUCAUGGAUAUUGAUAAUGAGCCAUCGUGGAUGGAUCCAAUAGUGGACUUCAUAAACAUGGCAGUCUUCCAGAAGAUCCUCGAGCAGCGAGAAGCAUCCGAUCCAAAGCUCCGAGGUAUUGCAUUAUUGAAGGAGUUUUAUUUCGCAGGAGCCUCACACUUCCAUACCUCAGAUGCCUUAGGCCUUCUGAAUCAUUCCAGGCCCUAG